AUGCCUUCAGAGGCCAAGCCUCUGAAGGAGAGGCUGCGAUCUAAGCGUGCCUCGCGUGGCGCCCGCUCGAAGCUGGGGGCUUCUGACGCGGACCGCGAUGUCCAGGUCCCGGCCCAAGGGGCCCAGAGAGCCACAAGCAGGACGAAGACUGCGGCCCUGCCUCAGGGUGCCUGGCAGACACCCCUGCGUGCGGCCCACCCUGAGGCCCAGCAGCAGCAGCAGCAGCAGCAGCAGCCUGUGGCCGGGCUGUGGGCUCGCAGGCGGUUCCGGAUGCUGACUCUGGUCCUCUGGGCCUUUCUGGUUCUGGGCUACUAUCUCAGGACUGGAGGCUCAAAUUCUGGAUCUUACGAUGAGACUAUCCUGCAGAACAAUACUGAUCAAACUCUGGGAGAGCAAUCCAUGUGGGACUCUCUAUCACGUUUUUUCUUUCCAACAACAUGCACAGUGAAGGAGAAGCAGGUGGUCAAGCCUUGCACUAGGCAGAAGGAUCUCAAAGAGAGUGAAUGUUUGAGAUAUAAAUGUUGCUUCUCGUCAUCCAGGAUCACCAACUUAAGAUGCUAUGCUCCGUUGAGAGAUAAGCCUACACAGGUGCUGCGGAUGUUUGGGGUCAGCGUGAUCACCAUGAUUAGCCUGGGAAUCCUGCCCAUCUUGUGCUGCUCUCUUUUCCAGAGGAGCGGGUGGACCAAUCCAUUACGAAAGAAAAAUAGUGGUCUUUUACAAGUGUUUAAGAAACCGAAAAUCAAAAUUAAAAGUGAUAUCGCAAGGAUGGAGGAGGCAAUGGAUGAGGAAAAUGGUGAAAGUGACCCAGAAACUAAAGCUUUAUUUCACCACUGA